AUGGCGGAGACGGGCUUCCGUCAGGAGAUGCCUCCCCAAGGCGGGUACCGCAAGUUCAACUUCGCCCGCACUUUCCCUCGGAUGGUCUGGCGGCCUUACCUCGCGCUCGGCAUCGGGACAGCGAUAACGAUCGUCGGAAGCACAUAUGCCGUGUGGAGGAAAAAGUGGUACAUCACCGAGAAAUUCGAGGAUGUUGAGCUGAACACCGCACUUCAGCCGUUUUUGACGGCCGAACGAGAUCGAUAUUGGCUGAAAAUUCUGAAGAAGAACCGCGAGCUGGAGGCUGAGAUUAUGAAAGACGUUGGAACAUGGUACGGCGAGCCGGUCUACUUUACGUUGGGCGAGAAAUGGUGGGACCCGACCCAUGUUGAGGUGUUGGCCCACUCGGACCCCCGUGCCGCUGAAUGGGAAGUGCUGUGGCGACACCACGCCGAGUACGCGGCCCCUCAUUUCUGGGACAAGCUCAUCCCCAACUUCAUCGCCAAGCGCUUCUGGGAUAUCAAGAAGGAA